AGUUGCACAUAAGCGAAGUGAUCUGGCCACCUACUGGACCUGGAACUAUUAUUAUGGUUGUAAAUCGCCAAUGCAUUUAGCAGUUCUGAUGAGGGAUGAGGAUAUUCUUUAUCUUCUCUUGAGGUUAGUUCCAAUCCCCUCAGGCAAAGCCAUGUCAAAUGGCGACUCUCCACUUCAUGCUGCAAUAUCAGAACGAACCAAAGAUUUAUUGAAAAAUAUUGUUGAUACAAGAAACGAGCUACUGUAUCAAAGAGAUGAGAACAACAACACUCCCCUUCAUUAUGCAGCCUACUCUGGUUACAUGGAAGGAGUUUGUAUAAUGAUAGAAACAUCUCCCAUGAUUGCCUUUCAACGAAACUCAGAUGGCAAUCUUCCAAUUCACCUCGCCUGUAAAAAGCGCAAUGUUAAAGUGGUCAAAAAGUUGCUUGAAAUAGAGUGGCCUAAUGCUGGACUUUGGUUGAAUAAUAAAGGUCAAAACAUUCUUCACAUUGCAGUAAUGAAGGGAAAUAUUCACGUGAUAAUGUAUCUACUGAAGCACCCCAAGAUUCAUCACGACGCUAUCAAUGAGAGAGAUGUUAAUGGAGAUACUCCCUUACAUUUGGCUUCAAGAGAAUUGCAUCUCUGUACUCUACUCUUUCUAUUACGAGACAAAAGAAUCGAUGUGAACUUAGUCAAUAACAGAGGUUUAACAGCUCUAGAUGUUGUUUGGAUGCAACGUAAGAUUCCAGAGACACGUCAAGAGUAUCUGGCACGUGUACUUUUAUAUCGUGCUGGUGUGGACCUGAAGGCAAAUAUGCUGAGCGUGCCACAUACAAGAUCCAUCAAUAAAGAAUGGAAUGUGAAGGAUGCAGCCAACACGCUCAUACUUGUGGCCAUACUCAUAGCCACAGUGACUUUCGCAGCUGGUUUUACAGUGCCAGGUGGGCUUUACUCAGCGGAUAGCCCAAUCCCAAAACAAAGGGGAAUGGCACUUUUGGCGGAUCAAACACUAUUCAAGAUCUUCAUGGCUUUUAACACUAUUGCUUUGUACAGCUCCACCAUUGGCUCUAUCAUUCUUCUAUGGGUCCCAAUUGGAGAUCGUCGUCUUGCAACAUUAGUAUAUGUCUAUGCUAGGUUAUUUGUUUAUGUGGCCCUUACAGCAAUGCCCGUUGCAUUUCUGGCUGCUAUACGCUUGAUUGAAUCUGGCCACCGAUCACUACCUCCGAUCACCAACUUCUUCCUCUCGGUCUUCCCCUCUCUCGAGUUCUCUCACUGUCGCGGAUGGAAGGAAAUGAAAGAAUGCCACGGUGAUCAGUUAUGUAAUGAAGAAGUGAAUCAGGUCCUUAAUGAAUGCAACUUUCAUGUGGGUUUCGGUGACCGAAGCGGAGGUGUGGGGACUGAAGUUUCGACGAAUAUUCCUAUAUCGGAUUAG